CGGUGUAAAGGCCAACAUGCUUUGAACAUAAAAAAACGACGUUUAAAUCUGAAUUUAAGUGAUCGUUAGAAUAUAAUUUUGAACUUGCUGCUUUUCUUUUUGCAAAACUAAUAUUUUAUAUAGAAAAAACUGAUUAUUUCUGUAUUAAAAAAAAAUUGUAAAGAAUUCAGUCAAAGUUGUUUAUAAUGAAUAUGAAAUUAAUUUUGCUAUUUAUGUUUGUCCAAGCUUCACUUGGUUACAUUAAUUUUGAAAAGUAUUUAUGGAAAACAUGGAAAAAUGGCUCAUUUUAUGCCUUCAGAGGGAUUAAAUAUGCUGAGUCACCGACAGGAUUAUUGCGAUUUAAAUCUCCACGACCAUCGAAAACAUGGAACAAUAUAUCCGCGAUAUUUGAACAACUACGUAAUGAAGAUGGGAGUGAUUGUCCAUCACCAAACGUUUCAUACGACGAAAAUUGUUUGAAUUUAAAUGUAUACACAAAGAAAUUGGACAUUGUGAAUUUGAUGCCUGUCAUCGUGUUCAUUCAUCCUGGCGGUUUCUACGUUGGUUCCGGAAGCUCUGCCAAUUUCGGACCUGAGUACUUAUUGGAAGAAGAUUUAGUUUUGGUUACAUUCAAUUACCGUCUCGCAUUUUUUGGAUUCACAAGUGUCGGAUCAAAUGAGGCAAUCGGGAAUGCUGGAUUCAAAGAUCAAGCGCUUGUUUUAAAAUGGGUUCAUAAUCACAUUCGACACUUUGGUGGUGAUCCAAAUUCUGUGACAUUGAUGGGCGACAGUGCUGGUGGAAUGAGCGUUCAAGCGCAUAUUGUAUCACCUCUAUCGCAUAAUCUAUUCCAUCGCGCAUUUAUAAUGAGUGGCGGAAUAUUACCACAAGCAAAAUCUCCAUCGUCACAACCACAUUUGAUCGAAAAAUUGGCCCGUUUUCUCAACUGUCCUGAAAAUGAAAACUCAUUUGAAUGCGUGAAGAAAACAGAAACAGCACCAAUUACCGAUAGUUUGAGAAAGAUUUUCGAAUUUGGAUGGGAUAAUCCGGUGUAUCCGUGGUUGCCAAUCGUUGAAUCGCCCAGUGAUGAAGAGCCAUUUUUAAGUGAAGAUCCAAUGCAGCUAUUUGAAGAUGGAAAAUUUAACAAAAUUCCCGUUAUGAUUAGUUCCACUAAAGAUGAAACCUCAAUGUCAGCCAUGUAUUUGUUUGAACACAGAAAUCUUUUAUCCGAGUGGGUGAAUGAUUUUUCAAGAGUUGGACCAAUUUGCAUGCAAUAUGAACCAAAUGAAACAGUUACGGAUCAAUUGAAAGAGCGAUAUGUACCAUACAAGAUUGAUGAUAAGGAACAUGUUGUUGAUUUAUUUGAUUGGUGUGCUCAGAGUUUCUCGGACUCAACAAUCAUUUUUCCAUUUCAUCGAAUGGCACAAAUCGUGAGAGAUGCAACAGAUGUCUUUUAUAUGAAGUUUAAUUUUCGGGGGCAAUAUACUUCAUUCAAAUGCAACUCAACAAUUGAUAAACAAUUAUGUGAAGAACUUAGCGCCAAAAAUAUGAUAGAACAUUGCGAUGAUUUACAAUAUUUAUUUACUGCAGCCAACAUUCCCAGAAUCAAGGAUGAGUCCAGUGCUGAAGGUCAAAUUGUAACUAAAUAUACGAAGUUACUUCACAGUUUUGCGAAAAAUGGUUAUCCAUACUUCGGUCUAGAAAUACCUGCAAACAGCGUGAAGUUUGAUGAUGAUGAGAAAUUCGUUGAAUUCGAUACGAAAUUCACGAUAAAUAACCAUCCAUUUAGAAAUUCAGACAUAUGGGACUCCUUGUUUCCAAGACAAAACAAACAUAAAAAAUAACGUACAAGUUGAAAUAAAUACACAAUAUAUGUCGAUUUGGUUUUCUAAUAGAAAA